GAAAAAGUUAAACAGGAAGAGAAGACAAAGAGAAGAAUGUUUGCUGGAUGAAAACAAGGAAAGGUGGGAGAAUUAAACGUCUGUGUUGAACUGCCCAGACCGUCAGUGCCGAGUUCAGCCCUUUGGCCCAGGUUAACAUGGCAGAUCCACCAAAAUAUCCAGCAGACGUCUCUCACGCCUCCACCAUUACAGCCUCCAAAGGUUCCUCUGUUAUUUCACCCCAAGUGGUCGGCAGUCACAUCGAGGGACCAUUCAGCAGUAACAUACAUGUACAUUUCCAUGGUGAGAGAAACACAGGUUCUACUGCAAGUCCAACUUCUGAUCCGGAACGCGUGCGAAUGGUGCAGGCCGAAUUUAAGGAGAACUUGAGACAGAAGUUUGAAACCAUCUUAGAAGGGAUUGCAAAAAGGAGCAACAUGACUCUCCAAGAGUGGAUUCAUCCACAGCUCUACAUCUCAGAAAAAGAGAGUAAUGUACUAUUUACAGAAAAUGAAAUAUGGAGAAUUGACAAAGACAAGGCAAUCAGCUGCAAUGAUCUCUUCAAAGCAUUGCCAGAUCAAAAGGUUGUACUCACAACAGGAAUUGCUGGCACUGGAAAAACAGUGUGCGUGCAAAAGUUUGUUCUGGACUGGGCCAUGGGAACAGCCAACCAGGACGUGGAUUUCAUGUUUGUGCUUCCAUUCUCAGAGUUGAACUUGCUUAAAAAUGUCAGGCACAGUCUUCAUACGCUUUUAUGUCACUUCCAUCCUGAGUUGAAAGUCCUACCUCCGAAGAUAUAUAAGCAGUGCAAAGUUGUAUUCAUCUUUGAUGGCCUGACUGAAAGCAAACUUGAUCUUGAUCUGAAAUCCACGUAUAUGGUUGGUUCCAAAACUAAGGAAGGGACGGUUACAUCAGUGGAUACACUGAUAUCUGUCCUCAUAAAGGGUGAACUGGCUCCCUCAGCACUCAUUUGGAUAACCUCCCAACCAGCAGAAGCCAACCAGCUUCAAUGCAGGCCUACUGACCUUGUGACAGAUCUUCAGGGAUUCAGUGAUGCACAGAUAGAAGAGUACUUCAAAAAGAAAAUCUGUGGAUGCGAUAAAGCCAAUAGAAUCAUCUUGCACAUCAGAGCCACAUGGACCCUGCACACCAUGUGCCAUCUUCCGGUUUUCUGUUGGAUCACAGCCACGGCUCUGGAGAGAGUGUAUGAUGAUUGUAAAAGUGAUGACCUCCCUAAAACUCUGACUGAAGUACUGACCUGUUAUCUGAUACAAAGAAACCAGACGUUAAAAACAGGCAGGCUGUCAGAAGCCGACGUGGAGCUUUUUAAUGCACUAGGAGAGAUGGCCUUCAAACAUCCGAGGGACAACUCUGUCCUGACAGAGGACGAUUUUCGAGAGCAUGGCAUUGAAUCUGGAGAUGAAGCAAUGCAAUCAGAACUGCUUGCUCACAUCUUAGAGGUCAGCCCAAAUUCUUCACCUUCCAAGACAUACAGAUUCCUGCAUUCAAGCAUUCAGGCCUAUCUUGCUGCGCUUUCUGUUCUACGUUCAUAUAGCAGUUAUAGCAUAACUGUGCUAAAACCAGAAAUACUAUGGGUUCCAAAAAAUGAAGCAACAUUAGACACUGAAAGUUCUGAAAAUGAAGACCAAGAAACCUGGGCAAGAAAACAGCCUCAAGGAACACUGUGGGAGCUGCUGCAGGUUGCCGUGGACAAUUCUUUGGUUAAUGUUGAACUACAGCUGGACAAAAGCUCUGAUAGACACCUGAAACAUUUUCUCCCCUUUCUUCUUGGCCUGGCAUUUAACUGUGGUCAGAUGCUGCUGGGUCAGCUCAUAGGGGAUAAUAAACAGGACCAGGACAGCAUCCAGCAGGCCAUAAGAUAUAUCAAACGUAUGCUUAAGACUAAGAAGAAACAGCUCAAUCAUGAUCAGAGCAUAAAUUUGCUCCGCUGCCUGGCUGAACUGAAAGAUUACUCUUUCGAGGAGGAGAUGCAAACGUUCAUGUCAUCCUGUGGCAAUGCUGAAGGACAGCUCUCCAUUGCACAGUGCUCAGUGCUGGCCCACCUGGUCCAGGUGUCAGGGACUGUGUUGGAUGAUAUGGAUGUUUUGAGACUGUGCUCAUCAUUUCAGGGUCAGUGCAGACUUAUAUCAGUUUUGAGAAACUGCAGAAAGGCUUGUGUAAAUUGCAGCCAAGACAUUGCUGUGAUUUCUGCCCUCCUCUCAUCAAAUUCACAUCUGGAAAAACUGGAAUUCAGUCAUGGUUGGAUUAUGAAAUACAGAAGUCUUGUUGAAGCUGUAAAGGCCCCAGUCUUCAGACUUAAAGAACUUCAUUUUACUCACAUACAUUGGUUGUUUGAGGAAAAGCAAGAAUCCUGGGUAGAAGUCAUACGUGCUGCUCUGUUGGGUCCACAUGAUCAGCCACGCUCUUUUACGCUGAAGGACUGCAAUCUCAGUGAUGACAGCUGUGAAGUCCUAGCCUCAGCUCUACAAUCAACCAACUCAGGCUUGAAAGUGCUAGAUCUCAGUUACAACAACCUGACAGACACUGGAGUCAAGAACAUCUAUCAGAAACUUGAACAUUCAAAAUGUGAGCUGGAGAAGCUUAGGUUAAGCUACUGCCAUAAAAUCACAGAUAAAUCGUGUGCAACAUUGACCAAGGUUCUACCUCGGUCACAUCUGAAAGAGCUGCAUUUGGAUGGCUGUAGAAUUGGAGACUCUGGAAUUAAACUUCUCAGUAGUCCUCUGAUGAUUCGUCCAAACCAACUACAAAUACUGUGGUUGGGCCGCUGCAAUCUAACUGGAGAUAGUUGUGAAGCUCUGGCGUCAGCUCUCAGCUCAGAUUCUUCAGAACUUAGAGAGCUGGACCUCAGUGACAAUGACCUGAAGGAUUCAGGAGUGAAGCUGCUCUCUGUUGGACUGAAGAGCUCACACUGUAAACUAGAGAUUCUAAGGAUGUCUGGUUGCAUGAUCACAGAGGAAGGCUGUUCUUCACUGGCUUCAGCUCUGAGUUCAAACCCCUGCCACCUAAGAGAGCUAGAUCUCAGCUAUAAUCAUCCAGGAGAAUUAGGAGAGAAGGUGCUCUCUGCUAGACUGGAGGAUCCACACUGCAAAAUGGAGACACUUAAUCUAAGAAACUGUGGGGAGCACAGAAUGAAACCAGGCAUCAGAAAAUAUGGAUCUUACUUUGCAAAGUGGAAACUGUCAUGUGAGGAAGAUGUUCAGAAGUGGGAAAGACAUCUUGUUGACAGCGGCUUUUGUGGUGAACAGGGGAAGUUCUACUGGCAAGUUGAAUGGAGCAACAUCCAACUUGCCAGUAGAACAAAAAUUGCAACAAAAAUUGAUUUUGGAAUGAAGUACAAAAGUUCGAAUAGGUGUUACAGUUUUGACAGAGAGUCCAUCCCCCAGACAGUGGGAAUCUAUCUGGACUGGCCAGCUGGCACCCUGUCCUUCUACAAAAUUCUGUCUGAUCAGGUUCAGAAACCAAUUCCAAAAUCAGAUCAACUAACACAUCUGUACACAUUUCACUACAGAUUCAGGAAGCCCCUUUAUCCAUAUGUAAAAUUACAAAAGACAUCUGCCAUAGCCUCAGUCCAGUCCCUAGAGCCAUUCUCUCCAAACUGAAGAGAGCAACUUAGCUGUUGCUCCGGACUUCAAAUCACACAUCAGUAAGACAGAUUUUUCUUUCUCCAGAAUGUAGGUAGCCUUAGACUUGGCGUCCCACUGAUAGAUGCCAAAUGUUUCUACUUUUAAUGCAUUUUGUACUGGACAAACAUCCUUAGAUCAUUAACUAGUACUAAACACAUCUAUUACACCAGAGAUUACUGUAUUUGUGUGGUAUUGAUUUUAAAAUGUUUUAUAAAUCAGCAAAUUGUGAUCUGCAGUCUUGUUCCGGGAAGAUUGUGAUUUAAGAUAAUAAUAAAGAUAUUUCGAUCACAACACAUCUGGAGAACUAAACUUUUUGUUCAUAUUUUACACUUCAGAAAUUUUGAAGUGACCCCAAAGUUUCAGGCAUCAACUUCACAGGAAUAAACUCAAGCAAGUAUUGCUUGAACAGUUAUUAAGUGUUUUAUUUGCUUUAAUUUGUGUUGUUUUCACAGCUGUUACGAACAUCUUUUCUCUACAUACGUACAUGUACAAAAAAAACAAAGGCAUCUGAGAAAAUGAU